CUGAGUUACUGACAGGGAACACACAGUUCACCGGCAAACAGCGAGCAUCCUGGCCGCACCGACAGGAGCUCUCCACCCGCUCUGGACCCUUUAGGACACCGAACCGCCUGGAUGUGCAAUAUGACUUUUGAGGAAACCGGAGGAGAACACUCAGUAGAAAGGAUGGAAUCGGUGGCUGAAGCCUUGGAGGAGGUCCUGAGCUCCGCCUUGCCUCAGGGUUGCAUCACUGUCGGAGUGUAUGAGGCUGCAAAGUCACUAAACGCAGAUCCAGACAAUGUGGUGCUUUGCCUCCUGGCUACAGAUGAUGAGGAGGAUGUGGCCCUGCAGAUCCACUUCACCUUGAUCCAGGCAUUCUGCUGUGAAAAUGACAUCAACAUCCUGCGAGUGGGCAACAUGAGGCGUCUGGCAGAAAUCCUGGGCGGAGUGAAGCCCGGAGGGGAGCCCAUGGACAUGCACUGCAUUCUAGUGACUAACCCGCAGGCAGCCCUGUGGAAGGACCCUGCACUGAGCAAAGUAAGCAGAUUCUGCAGGGACUGCCGCUGUUUGGAUCAGUGGGUGCCAGUCAUCAACCUGCCCGACCGAUGAAAGCUUUGGAUUAUCGUCAUCUGUAACGUUUGCAAACCGUGGGGGAAAUAAAAAAAAAAGCCUGCGUUCAUGUCUGUGUUGGACUUAAUCUGAAAGCCCCCCCAACCCCUUCCUCAGCAGCCACCCAGAGAGCUAAGGAACAGUUAGGAGAGAAGGGGAUGAAUUAGAGAAGGUUUCAGCAAAUUUCCAGCAUCAGGAUGAACCGGCAGGUGAAGGAAGAGUGACUCAGCAGUCCGCGUUCUCCGGAUUUCCGUAUGACUGACGAGAAAGAGUCCUUUCACAAGGAAAAGGGCAUCAUGUGAGCAGAACGAGCGCACGGCGUGGUGAGCACAUGUGCAGCUUCUGAAUGGAGAGAGAGGGGGGAGAGCUGACAACACUCCAGGAACUGGACCAAGCAGGGGCGGACAUGUCAGCGCUCAGCUUUUUUGGACCUUUCCUGUGAAAACUUCAACCAAUAAAAAAAAAAAAAAAAUAUUACUUUAGAGUUGCAUUUAUUUAAUGCUAUUUAAGAAUUGUCACUUUAACUUAAGAAAAAGGGAAAGUUUUUUUUUCUCCUGUUGCUGUUAGAUUCUUAAUGACAACUUGUUCAGAGGUUGGAUGUUUUUAUGUGUUGUUAAUUUAAUGGAUUUUAUUUAUUGUGCAAAGUUGGCUGCAGUUGGCCAUGUGAAACUGAAAGAAAUAAAACCAAACAAACACUUA